AUGACUAUUAAAAAUAAGUACCCAUUGCCGAGAAUUGAUGAUUUAUUUGACCAACUUCGGGGAGCCGGUGUGUUUUCAAAGAUUGACUUGAGGUCGAGUUAUCAUCAGUUAAAGAUACGGCCGGGAGAUAUUGAAAAGACUGCUUUCCGAACUAGAUACGGUCACUAUGAAUUUUUAGUGAUGUUUUUCGCUUUGACUAAUGCUCCAGCGGCUUUCAUGGACUUGAUGAACCGAAUUUUUCAUCAAUAUCUGGACAAGUUUGUGAUUGUGUUCAUCGAUGAUAUAUUGGUGUACUCUGCAAAUGAACAUGAACACGCCCAGCACCUUCACAUAGUUCUCCAGACUUUGCGGGAACAUCGGUUGUAUGCGAAGUUGUCCAAGUGUGAGUUUUGGCUUACUCAAGUUGCUUUUCUGGGGCAUAUUAUUUCCAAGGAUGGAAUAUGUGUGGAUCCAGCUAAAAUUGAAGCUAUUUUGAAUUGGGAGAGUCCGAGAACUGUUACGGAAAUUAGAAGUUUCCUUGGUUUAGCAGGGUAUUACAGGCGGUUCGUGGAAGGUUUCUCUCUGAUUGCUGCACCGCUUACACGGUUGACUCGGAAAGGAGUACCCUUUGAGUGGGAUGACAAGUGUGAGAAGAGCUUCCAAGAACUUAAGCAACGUUUGGUGUCUGCACCGAUCUUGACACUUCCCACUAGCGGCAGGGGUUAUGUUGUGUAUAGCAAUGCUUCUCAGGAAGACUUGGGGUGUGUACUCAUGCAAGAUGAUAAGGUGAUUGCUUAUGCUUAUCGACAGUUGAAGAAACAUGAGGAAAACUACCCCACUCAUGAUUUGGAGUUGGCCGUAGUGGUUUUUGCUUUAAAAAUUUGGAGACACUAUUUGUAUGGAGCGCAACGCCAAGUUUUUACUGAUCAUAAAAGUCUUAAGUACUUGAUGACUCAGAAGGAGUUGAACUUAAGACAGAGGAGAUGGUUGGAACUGAUUAAGGAUUAUGAUCUUGUCAUUGACUAUCAUCCGGGUAAGACCAAUGUUGUAACAGAUGCUUUGAGUCGGAAGUCAUCCACCACCAUGGCUAGAAUCAAGUCUUACCUUCCUCAACUAGUUGGGGUUUGCUCUAUGGGAGCAAACCUUAUUGGUGGGUAUCAGGGGACCCUCCUAGCUAGAUUUGAGGUUCGACCAACUUUGGUGGAUCAAAUUAAAGAAUUGCAAGAAGUUGAUGAAAAGCUAAGUGCGGAGUUGGAGAAGUUGUAUUUGGGGGUACCUAGUGAGUAUUCCCUCCGUGAUGACGGGGUUUUACAGAAGUUUGGAAGAGUUUGUGCACCGGACAACGAAGAGUUAAAGCGGGCAGUCUUAGAGGAGGCUCAUUCCUCGGCUUAUGCUUUGCAUCCAGGAAUCACUAAAAUGUACAGGACAAUCCGUGAAAGCUAUUGGUGGCCGGGUAUGAAGAAGGACAUUGCGGAGUUUGUAUCCCGGUGUUUGGUGUGUCAACAAGUGAAGGCCGAACAUCAGAAGCCCGCUGGGACCCUACAACCAUUACCGAUACCGGAAUGGAAGUGGGAACAUAUUACUAUGGAUUUCAUUGUUGGGUUGCCGAGAAUUCGUCGUGGUCAUGAUGCCAUUUGGGUGAUUGUGGAUCGGCUUACUAAGUCUGCACAUUUUCUCCUUGUGCGGAUUACAUUUAGCACCGAGAGGUUAGCUAGACUUUACGUGGCGGAGAUUGUGCGACUGCAUGGUGUGCCUGUUUCUAUAGUGUUGGAUCGAGAUCCCAGAUUUACAUCUCGAUUUUGGCCUAAGUUACAACACGCCUUGGGGACAAGGCUAAAAUUUAGCACUGCUUUCCAUCCCCAAACUGAUGGUCAGUUUGAAAGGAUUAUUCAGACAUUGGAAGACAUGCUUCGGGCUUGUGUACUAGAAUUCCAUGGUAGUUGGGCUGACCAUGUGGCUUUAGCGGAGUUUGCGUACAACAAUAGCUAUCAAGCUAGUAUAGGCAUGGCUCCAUACGAAGCGCUUUAUGGGCGGAAAUGUAGAACUCCAGUAUGUUGGGAUGAAGUGGGUGAACGGAAGUUGCUUAAUAUUGAGUUGAUUGAUGAUAUGGUGGAGAAGGUGAAAAUGAUUCGAAAUCGCCUUAAGAUAGCGCAAGAUCGGCAAAAGAGUUAUGCCGAUCACAGGCGUAGAGACCUAGAGUUCGAAGUUGGUGAUGCAGUUUUCUUGAAAGUCUCCCCAUGGAAAGGUGUGAUUCGGUUUUGCAAGGGUGGAAAGCUCGCUCCUCGUUACAUUGGACCAUUCGAGAUUGUAGAGCGGAUUGGUCCAGUGGCUUAUAGACUAAACUUGCCCUCGGAGCUUGGGCGUAUUCACGAUGUAUUCCAUGUGUCUAUGUUGAGGAAGUACGUUCUGGAUCCAUCUCAUGUUUUACAAGCGUUGCCGGUUGAACUGGAUGAAAAGUUGAAUUCUGAAGUGCAACCCGUUGGAAUUUUGGACCGACAAAUGACAAACCUUCGAAAUAAGCAAGUUCCUAUUGUGAAAGUUCUUUGGAGGAGUCAAACAGUUGAAGAGAUGACUUGGGAGCCUGAGGAAGCGAUGCGCAAGCAAUAUCCACACCUUUUUGGUUAUUAA